CCAUAGCAUCACCACCCCACCCCACCCCACCCCCUCCCCCAUUACCUCCGGCAACUUUUCCGGCUACAAAAUGACCGUCGAAAAACUCCACCACCGCACCGUACCACAAACAACAACCACCAUCCUCCAACCCCCCAACAACAUUUCCAUCAAUAAAAUCAAUCUCAAAAACACCCACAAUCAUGAAACGACAACGACGUUGAGUCACCGGUGGUCGUUCGAUGCUUUUUGUUUACGGUGGACGGUGGCCGAUGUGUUUGGGUUGUUGAAGUAUCAUCCGGUUCCCUGUUUUUUUGGUGUUUCGUUGUUGUUUUUUAUGGGUGUGGAGUAUACGCUUUGGAUGGUUCCGUCGUCGUCUCCGCCCUUCGAUAUCGGGUUUGUGGCCACCGCGUGGUUACACCGGGUUCUUGCGGCGAGUCCGGUGCUUAACACCGUUCUCGCCGGGCUUAAUACGGUGUUUGUUGGGAUGCAAACGACUUAUAUACUAUGGACGUGGGUGGUUGAAGGGCGGCCGAGAGCCACCGUGGCAACGCUGUUCAUGUUCACCUGCAGAGGGAUUUUGGGUUAUUCUACGCAGCUUCCGUUGCCGGAGGAAUUUUUGGGCUCGGGUGCGGACUUUCCGGUAGGGAACGUGUCGUUCUUCUUGUUUUUUUCGGGUCAUGUAGCCGGAUCAGUGAUUGCGUCACUUGAUAUGAGGAGAAUGCGUAGGUGGGAGUUGGCAUUUUUAUUUGACACCCUAAACCUUUUACAAGUGGUACGCUUACUAAGUACAAGGGGACACUACACCAUUGACCUAGCCAUCGGUGUAGGUGCGGGCAUGUUGUUUGAUUCUCUUGCAGAGAAAUACAUGAACAACGCUGUGGUGGCUAAAGACGUCGAUGGCCCAUAUACAAAUCGGGCUCUUUCAUCUUGAGCGCUAUAAAGUCAUUUCAAGUAUUCAAUUGUUGAUACUUUUAGUUAACUGUUUUGAAGGAAUAUUUGUAUAAUUUGACAUUAGGUUUUUGAAGUACAAGUUGUUUUGAAGGAUUAUUUGUAUAAUUUGACAAUAGGUUUUUGAAGUACAACUUUUCAGUUA